AUGAAUCUCUGGUCAAUCAUAGGAAUAUCUUUAUUGUGCGUCAGUGUUAUUGUUAUUAUUUUUGUUUUUGAAUAUUGUAGAAGAUAAAGGUAGAAAUAAAGCAGAAGAAUGGGUAUAAAUGAAUUUUUGUAAGAUGAAAGCCCAGGUUUCUGGAAUAUUUAUCAAAAUGAAGAUUUCAUAUCUAAAUAUCGAAAAGAUGAUAUGAUUAUAUAAGAAGUAUAACCAAUAAAAAGCAAAAUAUCAAUAGAAUAACAAAUUAGUAAAUAACCAAUUAAACAAUAAAUAUAAAUAUUACACUAAGAAAUGAAUAAAUUAGAUAAUAAUAAUAAUCUUACAAAUAAUUAAAAAUAAUUCUAAAAACAUUAAUAUUAACAAUAAUUAUUAAAAAAAUUAAAAGAUUAAGGUGAAGUAAAAGAAAUACCUCAUGUAAAAUAGAAUAUUGAAGCUUCAAAUCCUGAAGUAGCACUUUAUGUUUUAAAAGAAUCAUUAUUAAGAGAUUAAAAUAGAGAAUUAUUAUAAACUAGUAAAUAAUAUUCAUUUGGGUUUGAUUCAAUUCUAGGUGCAUAUGGUUCAGAUUAAUCUUGUUUAAAAGUUAGAAAUACAAAUCUUGAUUAUGAUACAAUUGUGAAUGACAAUCAAUUAUUAGAAAAACAUUUAAUAGAAUUUAAAUAAAAACUAUCAAAUUCACUUAAUAUAUCAAUUGAUUAAAUUGAAAUUUUAGGAGUAUCAAAAGGAAGCUUUGAAAUUAAUUUUUAAAUUACAGGAAAAAAUUCAGAUGAACAAAAAUAGAAAAUUUUAGAUAAUAAAAAUCAAUUUUUAAAGGAAUAUUGUAAUGGCUAAAUUGAAUAUGUAGAUUAUUAUUAAUAAGCCAGUUAGUAUGCAAAAGGAGUAACUCUUUCUUCUGAUGAUUUUAAUCCUUCACAUAAUAUGAGUUGGGAUGGUUUUCAUGAGAAAGAAUAGAGAGGACCUCCUUAUCAUAGAUAUGAUUAUUAUUUUCCAAUUGGUUGUUAUGGAUUUGGGUUAAAAGUAAAAAGUGAUGGAAAUGAUGAUUGGAUAAAAAUGGAUGGAAAUCCUAAUGAAUGGAGAAUUAUGUAUCAUGGUACCAAAAAUUAAGCUGUUAGCGCAAUUGUUAAAACAGGAUUAAAUUGUUUGCCUAAUUCUAGAUAAGCUUAUGAUGAGAAUUAUUGUAUAGAUGAAUUUGGAAAUAAGGUAAAUGUGGGAAAAGGAAUUUAUUUCUCAGAUAGAAUUAGUGUUUGUCUUGGGUAUUGUUCAUAUACUUAAAUUGGUAAUAAAUAAUUUGCUGUUAUCUUUAUGUCAAGAGUAGAUCCAAAAAAAAUUAGAUAAAGUGAUAGAAUGAAGCCUAUAAAUUAUUUUGUUGUUAAUAAAUCAGAAGAUGUUAGACCAUACAGAAUUUUAUUACAUGAAAAAAAAUGA